CUAUGCAUCCCAAGACGCUCGUGCGCGAAGCUCCUCCCUCGCAACUUCCCAAGAGCCCAGCACAGACUCGCUCGGAAGACGCAUUAUUUGGCCUUCUCGGGAGCUGCGUGGACUUCAAGUCUCCCUUCGACGCGAAGUCCGACGAACCCGCCAGCAGAGGUUUCGGACAGUCAAUUCCCUUCGCGCUCGAGUUGGAAGCACCUGCCAGGAAGCCGGCUCAUGAUCUACAUCACACGAAUCAGAAUCCCGCACCGGUCGAUAUGUUUGCACACGCUGCUGCUAAUUCUGAUGGGGGAAACUAUGAAAGCCAUGUACCUCCAAUGCCUGACAACUUCGGCGGUCGGACUAACCCUGGGGACUUUGGCGGUCAAGCGCGUGCUAAGAAAAAGAAACGAAGCUUUGAUGAUAUUUUCAACGAUACGACGUUUACUUUCGGAGGGUUUGGUGGUUCAGGGGAUCUUGACGCAGGCAAUUCGGCGAAGAAGACGCGACCAUGGUAGGCAUAUUUGUUCGGAUUUGGAGUUGGGAAGUGUUAAUGGCGAUCUUUCUAUUUAAUAUCCUGUAUACCAUCUUUACCCAGGG